AUGGCAAGUACCCAGGUUGCAGGGGAAAGCUCUGUCAUUUCCCCCACGGACCUACCGGUCCACACGGGGAAGAAACAACCCGCUGAAUACGACCUCGAUCAAUGCAUCGCGGCAAUAAAGGGAGAAAAAGCCCCGUCCGAUCUGACCUCUUUUUGGCACCGUAGAGCAGCCAUUCGCGGGAUCCGUGAUUCAAUCCAAUUUGCAACAAGCCCGGCAAUCAUUGAACUAUGCUCCGGCGACGAUAGCCAGGCUCAUCAGUUUUCUCGCACCCGCAAUGCUCGCCUGAUAAUGAGUAACGUCAUCCCUGAUAUGAAAGAUCCUGCCACUGAGCCAUACUGCAUUUGGUAUCCAGAACCUGCAUUGGAAGAAACCUACCGCGAGCUUGCCUGUCGAUAUCCAUCGAUGCGCUAUCAAGUCGGCCGCGCAUGUGCUGCUGCUUGGUAUACGGAUCUUUACAAAGAAUUGGAUCUUCUGCCAGACGUAUCUAUUGCUGAAGAAGCCCGCAAUACUUCCGAAGACGCCGAUAUCUACAAAAUCAUUAUGUCAGCCCCUCAAAGAUGGGCUGUUAUGGAUGAUUUUACUCGAUCGGUUAAUCUUGAAAGCCCACAGACACCCGCGUUUCUGAAUGGUAAUAUAAAGCCCCGACAGGCUUUGGGCCGGUGUGUUCUUCCUCCGAAGAACUUGCCAGAUACAACUGCAGAUGAUAUUGACAUUGAGGAAGAUGGAUUUAUUGGGCUGAAAGAAAAAACCAGCAAAGUAGAUCGAGAUGCGAUACUCGGCCCAGGUACGAAACUCGGCCCAGGUGCGAAACUCGGCCCAGGUGCGAAACUCGGCCCAGGUGCGAAACUCGGCCUAGGUGCGAAACUCGGCCCGGGAGACUCUGAGCAUUUGUGGAUGCCUCUUCCGCCUGAUCUUCCAGUUCUUGACAAACGCCUUCCAACGCAAAUGGCUGCAUGGGAGGGUAAUGUGGAUAGAUACGCUCGAUUGAUGCACCCACGGAGGCUCAGAACAGAAACUGAAUACAAUUGUAUUCUUCGUGGGAUUUAUCAUCAUACAAGUUUUGCCCGAUGGUGGGCCUAUCAGCUGGAAACCAACCCGGGGCGAAUCAUUCUCCCAGGCAAAUUGCUCAGCGAAGGCAAUGAGCGCGAGUGUCGCGAGAUUCGCACUGCGAUAAAUGCUCGUAAGAUCAUGAACAAUGAUAUCUCUGACCUUGACGAUGACUCUGACUGCCUCCCUUGGCUUAUCUGGUGGCCGGUAAGGCCUCAUGAGAAUACUUUGCGUGAGCUGGCCAGUAAGUGUCCGUCUAUGAGACACCAAAUUGCGAUCACCGCCAUACUUUGUGACUAUAAAUCGCUUUUCAGGUCGUUGAAGCCCCCUCCACGCGAGUCCUUCUUCGAGGCUGCUAAACAGAGCAGAAACCCAUUCUACCUCAAAUAUCUAGAGGAAUUUGUCAGGGAACGUUCCAUUGGAAGCAGGGAAAUCUCAGAGUUUGGUCCUUACGAUACCACCGUGGAAGCAAGUUUACAGCCUGAUUUGGAGCCCAGAGAUUCCAUUCUUCUAUCCAAUUUUCUGACAUGGUUGUUCCUUGGGGACAGCAUCCCAGAGACGAAUGGGGCUCUCCUGGUAUCUAUGGCGAAGAUUGAAGACGAAUCUAGCGGAAUCUAUAACGAUAGCGCGGAUACUGGCUACUUGUAUAUUGAAGAUGAUGAUCCGGAUAACGAACUUUGGCUGAAGCUCUCACGUCCUCUAAAGCAUAUGACGUCCUUCGAAAUGAAAGACUGGGAGGACGACAGCUAG